CUCGAAACGCCGUGUCCACCCACUGCCGCAGACUCCUGAUCUGAAUCUAUUCCGCAAGAGUCAGAAAACAUAUAGCUUCUUAUGGAGUAAAUUGGCAACGAGAUUACCCCCCUUCUUUCCCCCCUUCUCUUCUCUUCCCUCCGAGAAAAGAACGAGUUGCGCGGUAUCUGUCAACAUGAUCUUCCCGUCAGUCUCUGCCGUCGUUGGCCUUCUCGCCCUUCCUGCCACCGUCCGAGCUGUGUUCCAUGACGAAGUUGGUGACAUCGACUUCCAUUUCGACCUUGUCGGCCUACCUCAACGCGAAACCACAUUCUUCCACAAGCCCCGGCCAGACGACAAGGCCAGCCUCCUCUAUACCCUUAGCGACGUUGGGGUUCUUGGCGCGGUCAACCCAGGAAGCGGAGCUGUGGUAUGGAGGCAGCUGAUCAGUGGCAACAUAACAAAUGGCGGUGGUCAUCUACGAGCUGGGGACGGCGAGACUUGGAUCGCCAGCGCGUACGGCAGCUCGGUCCAGGCCUGGGAGGCGAUCAGCGGUCGGAAUCUGUGGUCGUUAGACUUCCAAGGCGAGAUCAAAGACCUCGAGGUGAUGGAAAUUACAGAGAACGGGCGCAAGGACGUGUUGGCUCUUCAUCAUGAUGAUGGCGCUACGACGCUGAGGCGGCUGUCCAGCACCGAAGGACGUGUGUUGUGGGAGUUCAAAGAGACGACCAAAGACCUGCCCUUACAAGUCAGCACAGACGUCGAGAAGGUCUUUGUCAUCAGCUUGCACGGGAAUCUCCUGUCAUACGGCCUGAAGGUCACUGUCCUCGACAUAUUGACAGGCAAACGCCUGGACGAGAUCUCUGUUGGCACCAAGGGCGAUGUCACCAGCGAGGAAGAUGUCAUGUUCGUCGGCGCUAACUCUGCUGCGCCGAUUGUCGCCUGGGCGGAUGCCUCUCUGACAAGGCUGAGAGUCAAUGUGCUGGGCACCAAGAAUACCCAGGAUUUGGCCCUGCCGGCUGACACCACUGCGGUGGAGAUACAUGCACCUCACCUGGCACAAUCGCAACCGCACUUUCUUGUGCACAGCCGAACCAAGGUCGGCACAAAGGCCGAGGUUUACCAUAUUGAUCUGAAGAGCCAUGCGAUCAAGCUGGCUUACGAACUCCCUCAUCUUGCAGGCCCAGGCGCUGUGUCUACCAGCUCAGAUGGUGCCAAUGUCUACUUCACGCGUAUCACGGGUUCUGAGAUGACUUUGGUCUCGUCUACCUCGCACGGUGUUUUGUCUCGCUGGCAAGUCAACACUGGCAACUAUACGGCAGGUGCAGUGCAUGGCGUUUCCGAGGUCAUCAAGAAGUCUGGCGAUGAGUUUGCAGUCCGAGCUGUCGUUGUCACUGAUGCCGAGGACUGGCUCCUUUUCCGAAACGGAGAGUCGGGUUGGUCUCGCCCCGAAGGAAUGACUGCUGCUGUGGCUGCGACGUGGGCUGAGAUACCUGAGUCUGAGGACCUGGUCAAGUCUCUCGAGGCUGAAGCUCACGACAAUCCCCUGUCCGCGUAUGUGCACCGUGUCAAGAGGCACUUUGACGAUCUGCAGUACCUACCGGGCUACCUGGUCUCUGUCCCUCAACGCAUCAUCAGCAGUAUCUUCGGAACAGAGAGCUCGCGGAAGGCUGGUCUCUUUCGUGAUAGCUUUGGUUUCAACAAAAUCGUGAUUCUGGCCACGAGGCGCGGCCGGCUUUAUGGUCUCAAUGUAGGAGAUCAUGGGAAAGUGCUCUGGACUCAAAGAGCGCGUGCCCUGGCUCCUGGUGAGAUCUGGAACGUGAAAGGAAUGAAUGUCGACGACGCCAGGGGCUACAUCACUGUCCGUGGCGCUCAAGGUGAUUACGUGAUCGUCAAGACGGACUCUGGCCAAAUCAUCGAGUCCAUGCCGCCAGGUUCAUGGCCCCCAGUUCAGAGCACCGCGUCUGUCGACACUCCCUCGGGCAAAUUCCUUCUUUCUGUUGGACUCGAUGGGAAGGUCGGCAGUAUCCCGGCUACCUGGGCUCCUGAGCAGAUUGUUGUGGUUCAGGGUACCGAAGGCGAACUGAAGGGCCUCAAGUUCGUGGUCGACGGUGCUCAGUCUCGAGAAGAGACAGCAUGGACAUUCUCCCUCCCUCCUUCUCAACGGUUGGUGGACACUGCUUCUCGACCAUCCCACGACCCCGUCGCCUCAAUCGGUCGCGUGCUGGGGGAUAGACGGGUCAAGUACAAAUACCUAAACCCCAACACCAUAGUUGUGGCCGCUAUGGAUGAUGCUGCCUCCACUCUCACGGUAUAUCUGCUGGAUACCGUCUCUGGGCAGAUCCUGUCCUCGGCCGAGCAUGAGGGAGUUGACACAGGAAAGCUUGCACAUUGUGCGGUGUCAGAGAAUUGGUUCGCCUGCUCCUUCUAUGGCCAAUAUGCCCUUCAGGACAACCCCACUCAGUCUGUGAAGGGAUAUCAGCUGGUCGUCUCUGAUCUGUAUGAGUCGGAGCUUGCGAACGAUAGGGGCCCCCUCGGAGACUCCGCGAACUUCUCAUCACUCAACCCCAUUGAUACUCCUACUGGUCCUCCUCUUCCGUCUGUCGUCUCUCAGACAUAUAUCCUUGCGGCCCCAGUCUCUGUCCUUGCAGUUACCGAGACCAGGCAAGGCAUAUCCUCUAGGCAACUUCUUGCUUACCUUCCGGAGACGCACAGUAUCUACGGCAUCCCGCGCGCGCUUCUCGAGCCUCGAAGAGUCGUCGGCCGAGACCCCUCACCUCUCGAGGCCGAGGAGGGCUUGAUGAAGUACCACCCAGCCAUCGAGGUUGACGCCAAACUGAUUAUUACCCACGAGAGAGACGUGGUUGGGAUCCAGAAGAUCAUUACGGCCCCUGCGAUAGUCGAGAGCACUAGCCUGGUCUUUGCGUUCGGCAUUGACGUGUUCGGCACUCGAGUAGCGCCGAGUUUUGUGUUUGACAUUCUCGGCAAAGGGUUCAACAAAGUGACCCUUGUCGCUACAGUGGCUGCAUUAAUGGUUGGUGUUCUGGUCCUGGGCCCCAUUAUUCGGAGGAAGCAGAUCAACAUGCGUUGGAAACCCACACAGUAGAUGUAGACUAUCCCAAUUAGAAUUUCAUACGAUUUCACGACCCU